AUGCAAUAAAAGUAUGAUCUGUUCAUACAAAAUUCUCUUUGUUUGUAAAUGAAAGCAAGCCCUUGGCGACGUCUGUUGAUCAUGGAAUACCUUAAUGAGGUGUAGAAGGAAAGUCCUUUCCUUCCCACAAGAUCCUAAUGAUAGGGCCAAAACACGCAGUGCAUGCCACUAAUGCGAACAUUUGUGGUGGAAUGAGAGGAGAAAGAGAAGGAAGCAGAAAAAGCUCAAGAGCAGUUCAAGGUUGGAGAAAGGUUUGGUGCAGAAGCAAUUUCUAGGAGGUAAAACAAUAAAAUCUGGGUACAUUGCUGCUGGCUGGAUCUGAAUCUGGAUUCAAUUAGCUGAAAGAAUUGCAGAUGUGUGAACCUGAUUGAUGCAGCUUGAAUCCUUUCUCAGCAGUUGUAGCUGAACUUGCCUUAUUGGCUGCCUGCACAUUAUGAUGUGGCACUAGUAUAUUAAAACCUACUUGGAAUGAAAAAAAAAUUGAGAAUUCAAUUCAAUUAUUAUCUUUUAAUUCUCAGGUUUAAAAUGAAAAAUUUUUUUUAACUGCUUAGGAAAAAUUUUCAACUUAUAGAAUUUUGUGUGAUUGCAUGAGAUUCAAUUGAAUUUUUUUUUACAAAUGAUUUACUCUGGUUAAAUGAUAUGAACUUAGAACCAUGUGCAGUAGAUAAACGACAUCCAGUGUUCCCAUUCCCCUGAAGAUUCUGCAGAUGCCAUCACAACAUGUGAUGUUUUCCUAGUCCAGUAUAAUGAUGCUUUGUCGUCUUUCACAUUUGUCUUUCACUCCGUUAGUGUCUGAUAAGUCUUGAGACACCGUGAGCUUUAUCAGGGAACUUUUUCGGUGUUGAAUUUUACGCAUGUGCGCUUUUCAAUUUUCUACUGCACAGACCAAGACAGUGACAUAUUAGCAUAUUGCAGGUGACUGUUUCGAUGACAGAUAUUUCAAGUCGUGUUUGUUGUUACGCUGGCAUUGGUGGCUCCAUCUUUUUCCACGAGAUCACGGAUCUCUUGACACUGAUAUUAGUCCAAAAACACAUUGAUAGAGUGCUUUUCAUCUUGUCAGUUCAAAAAAUUUCCAUGAACACGGAGAAAAAACUCCUACUUAUUAGAAGUCCACAUAGGCGGCUAAAGUGAUAAAAUAAGGGAUCAUGCACCAUCUAGACUGCGACUAAUAGCCUACUUGGACAAAAUUAACAAUGGCUGGAGACAAGGUAACUUUGCUUGGAUUCUGGGGAAGUCCUUUUGCUCUUAGAGUUAAAUGGGCUCUGAAGCUGAAAGGGGUAGAUUACGAGUAUAUUGAAGAGGAUCUCUCAAACAAGAGUCCCUUGCUGUUGCUGUACAACCCUGUCCACAAGAAAGUUCCAGUACUUGUGCACAACAGCAAUCCUGUGGCGGAGUCUCUGGUAAUAAUCGAGUACAUAGAUGAGGUUUGGAAGGGAAAUCCACUCCUUCCACUUGAUCCCCACGAAAGGGCUAAGGCACGCUUCUGGGCAAAAUUUGCAGAUGAGAAGUGCAUGGGUGUGAUCAUACGCACAUUUCUCACCGAAGGAGAGGAGAAAGACAAAGUAGUGAAGGAGGCUCGAGAGAAUCUAAAGAGUUUGGAAGGCGCCUUGGAGGGGAAGAAAUUCUUUGGAGGCGAAACAAUAGGCUAUCUGGAGAUUGCUGCAGGAUGGAUUCGACCAUGGACUCAAAUAGUUGAGGAAAUUGCAGGUGUAAAGGUGAUGGAUGCAGAGACCAUGCCUCUGUUAAACACUUGGUUUGACAAUUUCCUUCAAGUUCCUGCUGUUAAGGAAUGUAUCCCUCCCCGGGAUAAACUGCGAGAGCACCUCAAAGGCCUCUACGUGUUGUGGAGAGGCUCAUCAACUUGAAGCUUUAAGCUUUAUUUCUCAUCGUGCCUACCUGUAUUUUGUGCAUGAUCGCUUGUUUGCUGUAUUAUAUAAACAACAAGCUGUAUUCGGACAGAAAUAUCAUGUGAUCAAAUUUAAAAUAAAAAAUAAAAAAAUCACAGCUCAAUUACUCAGAAA